GAUCGUGUAUCUUUAUAAUCUUUCUAACUCUCCUGUGCUAAUCUCAGACGGGCUACCCUCAAUAUAUCUGGAUUAUCGUGUAGUUCGGCUGCCUCCUUCUUGCUGCUCUCGCUGCUGCUCAGAUGUUUGUGUAUAAAGGGCUGUUCUUCUAGUAUCCCUUGCACCUGGUACCUCCAUAGAUGGUGCGUCCCUUUCCAUGCCACCACCCAAUGGUAUCUUUGUAUUGCAAACAGUAUAACUUUUGGAGGGAGAAAAGUGUAUUCAGUUUCUUCUCCCUCCACCCCUUUUGCUGAGUCCUUGUUUCCCAGAGAGUGUUUGGGGUUGGGGCAUCUGGCUGCUCCCUGCUGCCCUCUGCUAGGCAAUGCUGGAGAAUGUUGAGAUGAAGGUGGGAAACCAUCAACAGCCUUCCUGGAGAACUUCACCAGACUCCCCCAAACCUCACUUUCCAACCCCCCUCACAUGGAGCCUGGAAUUUGAGCUAGUGUCCUGGGAGAAAAGGAGAAAAUGUCUAUAAGGCCUUUUGGCACCUUGCUGUGAGAUGUGACACUUCCCUUCUCCACCUCUCUGCGCAUGGGAUUGAAGCUCCUUGGCAGAAUCUAGGUUAAAAUAUCUCAUGCUUUCUUGGACAAAUGUAACUGUGUCCCCUAACCAACUCCUCUCUACCUCACUGUCCUGACUUGGAUUCUCCAUUCCCACCCUUCCCAAUUUCCAGGCUAAGUCUCCCCAGCAGGGGAAAUAAAAUGCAAAAAGCAGGAAUGGAACAGCAGAGAUCAUUGGAAAGCAGCUGGGGGAAAGUGGCUACCUCAGAAUCUGCCUACAGGGUAGAUGCCCUUUCUCUCUGUUGGCCAGAGAGAAAUAGCUCUUCUCUCCUAUAAGAAACUUCACAUAUUGCUAAGAUGCUAGGCCAAUGAACCAGCUUCCAGAGGCUGUAUGUCUCCCAAAAGAAAUAUGAAUAGAGAGUACCCGAUGGGCAACAGUCCCAUUUUGAAAUAUGCCAUCCCAUUGUCCCCCUGAGUCUACUUUAACGUGUCAGACCAUGUGUUCUGUUUGAUAUGGAAGAUACAUUCACUGCACCCAAAGGUGGCUAGGCAAAUGCCCAAUUGCUUCCCAAAUUAGCUUCUUUAUGCAGCCUUGACAGCCACCCCAAGUCCUCCCUCCUCUCACACUGUAACACCCAGACAUAGAGAUAGGCAUGCACACACCCAUACACCCCCUAACACACAGAUAUAUAUGCAUGCUGAUAUGUAAGAACACAGCCACGUACACACACACAGAUAACUAAGUACAUUCUUAUACCCAGACUGAUGCCCACGAAGAGCCCACGCCUGUACCCUCAGGUUGUCAGCAUCACAUGGGCCCAACCACACAUACCCACCACCCCUCCCAGAAACACAUAGCUUUAGAACUGCAUUCCUUGGAUCAAGUUCAAGGGGAUAGAGAAACGGUGAGAGUCAUUAGCUGCCCUUUCCCCCUACCUUCCUAGCAUCUCUCUUAUCUCUGCCUCACACUUGGCCCCUGACCCCCUCUUCCUUCCUUGUUCUUGAAGGAUCUUGUCUUGCUGGAAAGCCCCACUGGUGUUUCAGCUUUCCCUUCCAGCUUGCCUCUCUCCACCUUCAGGAAAAUACCGAUUUUCUGGUCCCCACCUCCUUCCUUUCCUGAGUACAGGUCCUGACCAGAAGAAGCCAACCUCAAAACAGGAAGCCCCUGGGGCUAGUCCCUAUGUAGAAUUGAGGCUUAGGAAGGCAGUGGGUGUGGAUUGCUUCCGGAAUGCCCCCCACCCACCCCAUGACUCUGCCCAGUAACUGAUGGCCCUCAUUAGUCCUUGGCACUUAUCUCGGAACCACCAGUAGAGUAGCCCCAGCCCUUGCUCCGCCUGCCUCAGCUCAGCCAGUGCCAUGGGGAACUGUCUGCAGUCGGUGGAGCCCUCCCUCUCCAUAAGUGGCAACUCAAGUAAGUUGGCUUGGGAAGAUAUUUGGAAUGAGUCUGAGUGGUAUGAUUACAAAUCAUUUGACUACAACGACACCAGCCUGGAAGCAGCUGCCCCCUGCCACUCCUGUAACCUGCUUGACAACUCCUCGCUGCCCUUCUUCAUCCUUGCCAGCGUCCUGGGCAUCCUAGGAAGUGGGGCUGUCCUCUUCUCACUCUUCAGACCUCUCUUCCACUGGGACCUCUGCCCAGGCCGGCUGGUCCUGGCACAGUUGGCUGUGGGCUCUAUCCUCUGCAGCAUCGUGGUGCCCAUCCUGGCUCCAGGGCUCAGUAGCGCCCACAGCACCAGCCUGUGCCGCUUGGCCCACUGUGUCUGGUAUGGCUCAGCCUUUGCGCAGGCCCUGCUCUUAGGGUGCCGAGCCUGCCUGGGCCCUAAGCUGGGUGAAGAUCACGUCCCAGGCCUCAUCCUGGGGCUCACUGUGGGAGUCUGGGGAGCAGCUCUCCUGUUGGGGCUGCCAAUCACCCUGACCAGCGAAACUUCUGAUGAACUCUGUGUCCUGAUGUCCAGCAGGAGCCUGGGAGCUUUGCAGUCCGUGCACACUGCAGCCUGUUUUGCCAUCUUCUUCUUGUUGCCACUGGGUUUGGUAGGAGCCAAGGGUCUGAAGAAGGCAUUGGGGAGGGGGCCAGGACCCUGGGUUGAUAUCCUGUGGCUCUGGUUCAUUUUCUGGUGGCCUCAUGGAAUGGCUCUGGGAAUAGACGCCCUGGUGAGGUCCAGGAUCUUGCUAUUGUCAACAUGUCUGGCCCAGAGGGUCCUGGACCUGAUGCUGCAACUGGCAGAAGCCCUGGCAAUAUCACACUGUAUGGCUACACCCCUGCUUCUGGCCCUGUUCUGCCACCAGGCCACCCACACCUCCAUGUCCUGCCUGCCCUUCCCUACAAGGCAGUCUUCUCAUCUGGAGUCCCUUGGAGGCAAAUCCUGAAUUAAAGCUUACACUGCUUUUAUGAAA